AUGCGCAAAAUCACGACAACACCACGCAUCCUCAAGCCUCAAGCGGCCAAAAAGUGGUACCAACAUCUAACCAUCGACCUCCUCAUCAAAGUCCUCAACCAAACCUUUCUGCACCCGUUCAUAGCAUGGAUCAUCGUCCUCUGUCUGCGCGCCCAAGUGACCCCCAUCGACCAUCCGGCGUGGAUAAUCGCGCUCGGAUAUGCGAUCUUCCUGACCCUCUGGACUGCAGCUGGCAUGCUCAACCGCCGCAUUGCGUAUGGCUUGCCGCGCGAAGUUGAGCCGAGUCAUGAGAUUAUCGUGAUUACGGGUGGAGGUAGCGGGCUUGGCCAGCUUAUUGCCCAGAUCUACGGGAUGAGGGGCGCGGGUGUUGCGGUUUUGGAUGUCAAGGAGGUGAGUGAAGUGGAAGGGUGGGAUGAGCUUUCUGGUGUAGACUACUAUCAGUGUGAUGUGAGCGAUCGGAAGGCUCUAGAGAUGACGGCUAAGAGGAUUGAAAAUGAUUUGGGAAAGCCCACGGUGCUCAUCAACUGCGCCGCUGCGGGAAUACAUGGAGUGCCGCUCCUCUCACUAACCCCGGAAGCGAUGAAGAAAACCAUCCAGACCAAUCUAUUCGCCCCCUUUCAUGUGCUGCAGGUGUUCUUGCCCGGCAUGAUGGAAACAGACAAUGGCGGUGUCGUGGUCAACGUCAGUUCAGUUCUUGGACAGCUAACGGCCGCUGGUUUGUCGGAUUACUCUGCCAGCAAAGCCGGUCUCAGCGCAAUGCAUAGGUCUUUAGAAGCCGAACUUCGGGCCUCGGGCCAUGACGACAAAAUAAAAACACUGCUGGUGGAAACAGGACAGCUGUCUACACCUUUAUUUGACGGCAUCCAAACCCCAAGUCAAUUCUUUGCGCCUGUUGUCGAGCCUAUCCAAGUUGCGUAUGAUAUUGUCUCGGCCAUUGACAACGGCGACAAUGGCCUUAUCAGAAUGCCUGCCUUUGCGAAGUUGGUGAAUUGGUAUGCCGUGCUGCCUGCUUCCAUUCAGAGGCUAGCUCGCUAUGUGAGUGGAAUAGACUCGGCGGUCGCCAAGGCAUACAGCGGCCAGAUCCCAGUACCGGAUUAUUCGAGUUCAAGUGAAUCAGAGAGCGAAGCCGAGGUACUUCGCACGAAAUAA